AAGAACAAAAAUUAAAUGUAUUCAACAAACGUUACCGUUGGCAGCUUAUAGCCACGAUGGCAGUCCACAUCAUGACUCUGACUGAUGGCAUAGGCAUUGGAUGGCUGUCACCUACAUUAACUUUGCUGACUUCCGAAAAUAAUCCCUUUGGUGAUCCUCUCACCGUAGUCCAGUCCUCGUGGGUAGGAUCUGUGAUUGGACUGGGCUCGUUGAUGGGUGAUUUAAUUUUUGGUUUUUUAAUCGAUCGCCUGGGACGCAAAGUCUGCCUUUUUAUCAUUGCCAUUCCAAAUAUGAUUUUUUGGAUUCUGACAUAUGCCGCUAAAGAUGUGACUUAUCUGUAUAUCGGCCGCUUUUUAGCCGGCAUCUCUAGUGGCGGAUGUUAUGUUGUAUUACCCAUAUUUGUAGCGGAGAUCGCAGACAGUAGUGUUCGAGGUGCUCUAUCCUCACUUACCAUGGUGUACAUCAGCAUUGGAACAAUGAUUGGCUUUGCCUGUGCCUCGUAUCUCUCCUACUAUCUGAUGCCCUGUAUUAUUAUUUGUCUUCCUGUGAUUUAUAUAUUGGCCAUCAUAGGAUUGUCGGAAACUCCACAAUACUUGCUGAGACAUGGGCGGGAUGAGCAAGCCAAAAAAUCAUAUUACUUUUACAAGAAUCUUUCAUCUUCCAACACAACUUCUGAAUCCAACGAGAAUGAUGCAGCUAAAAUUGAAUUUGAGACAUUUCGUCUUCAGGUGUUUGGUGGAGGUAUAACCCAGAAGAUAACGCUAAGAGAUUUCUUUAACCUGCCAACCAUGAAGAUUUUUGGACUGAUAUUUGUGCUAAUCAUUUGCAAUCAGUUAUCGGGCAGUUUUGCAAUAUUCAGUUAUACCUCUCAUAUAUUCAACGAACUAGAGACUCAAUUGAAUCCCAAUAACUGUUCUAUUAUUGUGGGAGCUGCCCAGGUAUUGGGCGUAUUAUGUGCUGUCGGCCUUGUGGAUCGUUUGGGUAGACGAAUCCUCCUACUGACCUCAAUGCUUGGCAUGGGUUUAGGUGAACUAGGAAUUGCUAUGCUUAAAGACUUUGCCUCCUCCGAAUUUCUAGCCCAAAAUGAGUGGCUAUCUUUGCUUUUAAUGUGCUUUGUAGCCAUAAUAGCUUCGUUGGGUGUGGUAGCCCUACUUUUUGUUAUUAUCAUAGAGCUUCUUCCGGCCAAGAUACGCUCUAUUGGGACUUCCCUGAGCAUGGCCACUUUCAGUUCCUUUAUCUUUGUGUCGUUGAAAAUCUACCCCAUCAUGAUCUAUGAUUAUGGCUUAAAUGUUACCAUGUAUAUGUCGGCUGGUGUAUGUUUCUUUUGCUUCAUUGUCUUGGGCCUGUUUCUGCCCGAAACCAAAGGCAAAUUGAUGACGCACUGAGCCAAACCUAUCUGAUGAUUGUUGUUGUCACUUGGAUUUGAAGUCGUGUGAAACUCAAUGAAGAUGACCAUGCCCAAAAUGAUCAUUGCAUAAGUCACUAAGAAACUAACUCAUUUUAGCCAUUUAUUCCUUCGCUUUAUUUUUUAGAUCAUUUUUGGUUAAU